AUGGCCUGGCGCAGCCAUGGCGCAACAAAUGAGGAUAUGGCCGAUGCCCUGCACAGAAACGGUAUACUCAAUUCAGACAGGGUUAAAGAAGCCAUGAAAAGCGUCGAUCGAGGACACUAUGCUCCGACGGAGCCAUACAAGGACCGUCCUCAGAGAAUCGGUUAUGAAGCGACUAUUUCCGCUCCUCAUAUGCACGCCAAUGCUUGCGAAGCUAUGAUUGAUCUGUUGCGACCUGGAGCCAGAGUGCUGGACGUUGGAUCUGGAUCUGGAUAUCUGACCCACGUCCUUGCUGAGCUAGUGAAGCCCGGAGGCACCGUUGUUGGUAUUGAACACAUCCAGCCACUCGUGGAUCUUGCAAAGAAGAACACCGCAAAGAGUGAAGAAGGCCGCGCACUGCUUGCCAAUCGGAGUAUCUCAUACGUGAAGGGUGACGGUAGGAAGGGAUGGACAGGAAAGGGUGGUGAAGAGGGCUUUGAUGUCAUCCAUGUGGGCGCAGCAGCAGUUGACUUCCAUCAAGAGCUCAUCGAUCAGCUCAAACGCCCAGGA